AUGCCUAGGCCUGUUGAGAGAAUAGCAGAGAUCAACGAUGGAAAAGAGCUUUGGAAGAUUGUUGUUAGGAUUCACCACAGAUGGAAUGUUGUGUCUAACAACAAGGAACAUUUUGAAAUGAUCUUUGUUGACAAAUUGGGAGAUGAUAUUCAUGCUGUUGUUCCAGCACCACAUGUGUCGGUGUUCACCGAAAAAUGCCUAUUAGGGCAUACUUAUACUGUAUCUAAUUUUAAGGUGGUGCCUUAUGUUCUGGCGUUCAAGGCAUCAGGACACAAAUAUAUGCCGUGUGAAAUUAAUAUAUUUCUUUCAGAUGUCGUUGGAAUGGUGGAUAGUAUUGGUUAUGCACAGACUGAGUCGGGCGCAAAGAAGCAGCAAAUUAGCAUGAUGUUGCGUGACCACGGCAACAACAUGUUGAACUAUACUCUGUGGGAAUCAUACGCGGAUCAGUUCAUCAGGUUUAACAAAGUUAGGGUUGCUGCAUCACUCCCUACAGUUGUGUUGCUUCAGUAUGCCAAAGUGAAAGAAGAAGGAAAGUAUCCUCUGUCUGUGACAAACACCUACAAUGUGACCCUUUUAUGUGUUGAUGCUGAUUUUCCUGUCAUGAAAGACUUUAUUGAUAGAAUGCCUGAGGAGAGCAGGGUAACCCUGUCUGAUCAACUCGGAGGGAAUUCCCAAUUAUCCUCCCAGAGUUCUGAAAAUCAACAGCUGACUCCUGUGCAAAAAUUGUUCUCAAAGGCUGUUGUUUUACCUAUUGCUGAGAUUAUUCAACUUACGGAUAUUACAUUUUGUGCUAUUGUCGCUACAACAAAAUUAUUAGUCGCGUCUCCAUUUGGAUGGUACUAUCGUGCCUGUCAUAUGUGUCAAUCUAUAGCGCGUGGAGACAGCCCCCCAUUUGAGUGUGAAGCUGGUCAUGAAACCAUGGCUGAAGUCCUUAGGUAUAAGAUUGAGAUUGAGGUUACUCAUGGGGGCAAAAGCUGCAAUUUUGUGUUCUGGAACAGAGAAUGUGAAAUGCUCAUGGGUUUAUCUGCAUCCCAACUUUGUAACACUAUGAUUCAGGCUGGAAUUACUGAUCCAUUGAACUUCCCGUUAGCACUUGAUCAGUUGUUGAAGUUGGAAAUGGCUAUGAAGGUUAAGUGGCAUCCACGCUGGAAGAACUGUUCCGUCGUUAUGAUUAUAAAAAAUGAUCCUAUUAUCCAGCAACUUAAGGAAAAGUGGGGAACAGAUGAGAUUAAAGAUAGUGUUGAUGAGGCUAAAACAGAUGCCAAUGAAGACUGUGAAUUGGUUACGGAUCUGGAAAUUACAUCUGAGCACAAGCCUGAUGUUGUCACACCUGCUGGUAAGAGGCAUUUUCCUGGUGCAUCAAGUGAAUCCACUGAUUUGGACGGAUUACAUGAUGGAGAACUGUCAUCAAACAAGCUGAAGAAGAUAAUUAAAAUGGAGAAGAUUAAUUAG